AUGAACAGCCUCUCGACCAGCGCAGAUGAGAGCCCAUUCUUUGAAUCUGCUUUCCAGAGAGCGUCCUAUCCUACGCUGACCAAGCUCAGCUCGACUCUUGCCCUUCUCAUCCUCGCAUAUUAUGCUGUUUCAUUCCUCGAUGCCUGGCCGUCUACUAUCAAGCGAUCCGUAUACGAAUCCUUGAUAUAUUUCGUCCCCUCAGCCGUCAUAUAUGCCAUACAACAAGGCAUGGUUUAUUCUGGACGUCUAGGACUGGAAGACGCAAAAUUUACAAGAGCUGAUUUCGGGGACACCCAGGCUAAACAACAAGCGAUUCAGAGAAUCUUCGGACAACCGCAACUGCCGUUCGCACUGGGCAAGGUUCGCAGCCUGUCGGGAGUGGGAAAAUACAUUUCAUUGAGCGACGAAAUUCGUCCAGCGGGACUCGGAAAUUGGGACAACUCUUGCUAUCAGAAUAGUAUCCUGCAAGGGCUGGCUUCCCUGCCUGCGUUCUUUGAAUACGUGGCGCGCAGUUUGGAACAAUGCGAGUUAUACGGUCCACUGGCGGACACGCACAGGGCUUUGCUGGGGCUAUUUGAGCAGCUCACGGAUCUGAACCCUCGCAAAACCACUGUCUGGACUCCCAAUGUCCUCAAAUCCAUGGAUAGCUGGCAACAGCAAGAUGCGCAGGAGUAUUUCACUCGGCUGCUGGAAGCCCUCGAGAAGGAAUCGGAUGCUUCCAUUCGGGUGCGCAAACGUCGUUCUGUUCCCGGUCUGGAAAGUCUUGAUGCUGUAAGCACCUCUCGAGAUUCACGGCCAGCCUCCGAAAUCGCACCAGAUCCAGACCUGAGUCUCAUCCAACUAGUACCUCGAAAUCCCCUGGAUGGCAUGACCGCGCAGUGCCUUGAAUGUAGGACUUGCGGGUUCACAGAAGGUUUCUCGUUCAACCAGUUUAAUUGUCUCACGCUCAAUAUGGGCCGCCGCGGUCCUUCAGACCUUGAAGAUCUACUUGAUGAGUAUACUAUGCCAGAGGAUAUCGACGGGGUUGAGUGUGAAAAUUGCACAAAACUGGCACAUGGUGGCGCCGAAGGUGACGACGAGUCGGAGCAAUCGGCAAAGGAGACAGCAAAGCGAAAGCCUGUGCUAAGGACGAAGACGAAGCAGAUUACAGUGGGAAGGUCACCCAGAGACUUGAUUCUGCACAUCAACCGAAGUGUUUUCGAUGAUUAUGGGAACCAAAUGAAAAACAGAGCAGCACUCGCCGUUCCCCUGAAACUCUCCUUCCUCAGCCGAUGGUGCGCGCCAAUUGUGCGGAGUGAUACCUCGGUGCAGCGGGUAUAUGAACUCAAAUGCAUGGUGACACAUUAUGGCCGGCAUGACAAUGGCCACUACGUGGCGCUUGGACAACGUGGCAAGGACUGGUAUUCUUUCAAUGAUGAUUUCGUGACAAGAAUCGACGAGGAAGAGGUCUUGAACACGGGUAAUGGAUUCAUGCUCUUCUACGAAGCAGUCCCGUUAGAGGUACAAGUUGAUGGUACGUUGAAUCCGGCAGAGGGUAGUGCGGUUGUUGAGAACGGAACGGCCAGCGUCGAAAUCGACUCGGGCGACGAUAAGCCGGAAAACGCAGCGACAUGGUCGCAUCCAGACUCGAACAGAGACGAGCAGGACUCAGUAUCUAUGCACGAUUCAUCCGCCGAAACUUCACCAGGGUCCGCGCACCCUUCAUCUGCAGCCUCUGAAUCGAGUGUGGAUGAUCUCGCAAAGCGCAAGGGACUAAAUGAUCCCUUUCCAAUGUCGACCAGUUGUUCAUCAGCCAUGGGCGGAGGAACAUAA